AUGGACAGGAGACACAAAUAUUUUCACUAUGACAAAUGCCUGAAGAUCUUAUCCCUUCUGAUGCUCUUGGUGCAGAAAGCAGUUACUCUGAGCUGCCCUGUGAGUGAUGCUUUCCCGAUUCCCCAUGAGUGGUACCAGCCUGGUGAUCUCAUUGUGGGUGGGAUGGUGUCUCAGAUAAUUCACUCCUUUUUUGAAAUUGAAUUUAAAGAACAUCCUUCUCUAAUACCUUAUGAUUUACCACUUGUAAUAACCAAAUUCUACCAACAUGCCCUCGCCUUGGCCUUUGCUGUGAAGGAGAUCAAUGAGGACUCCCAGAUCUUACCUAACGUCACUCUUGGGUUCCACCUCUAUGACAGUUACAACAACCCAAGGAUGACCUAUUGUACCACACUGGACCUGCUUUUCAAAUCCAAGGAAUUUGUCCCAAACUACAAAUGUGAUAGCCAGAAGAAUCUCAUGGCCGUCAUUGGAGGGUUAGGUCCUGAUACAUCAUCCUUUAUGGCAGAGACUAUAAAUGUCUACAAAAUUCCACAGUUGACUUAUGGUUCCUUUGCCCAAGAAGACUUUCAGAUUACUGAGUUAUUUCCACUUUAUUGCAUGGUCCCAAAAGAGGAGCAUCAGUUCCCUGGGCUUAUACAACUUCUUCUGCAUUUUGGAUGGACAUGGAUUGGACUCUUCGCUUCUGAAAAUAAGGAAGAACGUUUUUUGCAGAAACUGCAGCCGUUGCUUUCACAGAAUGGGAUCUGUUUAGGUUUCACACAAAACAUUCCAGAACAUCUCCACUUGGAAGAUGUGUCAAAAUUGUCUAAUUCAUUCUCAAUUAUUGAUGAGAAACUGUUAGAUCAGAAAGCAAAUGUUUUUCUUGUCUAUGGAGAAACAUUCUCAAUGGUGUGGCUCAGAACUGUCAUGUUUCUACGUGAUCCUGAAAAUAAAGAGAGUGGAUCAUUUAGGAAGGUUUGGAUCCUGAUGAAUCCGAUUGAUUUCAUCCUAGUGGGAGGUCAAAGGAAUUGGGAUCUCCACAUGUUCCAUGGGGCUCUUUCCUUUUCUGCGCAUUCAAGAGACAUUCAGGGCUUUAAAGAAUUUCUUCAAGUCAUCAAACCUUCAACCCACAAAGACAAAUUUCAUCAAGAUGUUUGGGAGCAAUUGUUCGAUUGUUCAUUUUCAGAUACUGAAUUAUCUUCCACGAUCAAUGAAAUUUGCAGUGGCGAAGAGAAUUUGGAGGACCUGCCUGCACCUGUUUUUGAAUUUCAGAUGACUGGCGAAAGCUACAGCAUCUACAAUGCUGUUUAUGCAGUGGCACAUUCUUGCAUGAGAUCAAAAUCCCAACCAAGAGAGAUUCAAAGGGUUAAAUUUCUAAAUCUGCUUCCUUGGCAGGUUCUUCCAAUUUCUCUGUGUAAUGACCAUUGCUCCCCUGGAUCCUGGAAGAAAGGCUUGGAAGGAAAGAAAUUCUGUUGCUACAACUGUGUUCCGUGUCCAGAAGGGAAGAUUUCAAAUGAAAAGGAUAUGGAUGACUGUUUUCAAUGUGCAGAAGAUCAUUAUCCAAAUAAAGAAAAGAAAGGAUGUAUCCUGAAACUUCUGGUCUUUUUAACUUUUAAAGAAACCUUAGGAAUUGGUUUAUCCUCAGCAGCUCUUUGUCUCUUCUUCUUGACAUCUUGGGUUCUUGGAACUUUUAUUAAGCACAGGGAUACUCCCAUUGUCAAAGCCAACAACUGGUCCCUCACCUACACCCUCCUUGUCUCUCUCCAGCUCUGUUUUCUCUUCUCUUUGCUCUUCCUCAGCCAACCUGGCAAAGUGACCUGCCUUCUCCGACAAUCAACUUUUGGCAUCACCUUCUCAGUGGCCAUUUCUAGUGUAUUGGCCAAAACUAUCACUGUGGUUGUGGCUUUCAUGGCUGCUAAACCAGGAUCUCAGAUGAGGAAGUGGGUCGGGAAAAGUUUGGCCUUUUCUGCAGUUCUUUCUUGUUCUCUUGUCCAAGUAUAUAUUUGUAUUCUUUGGUUAUCAACAUCUCCCCCAUUCCCUGAGUUGGACAUGCACUCAGAGCUCCAAGAAAUGAUUUUACAAUGCAAUGAGGGAUCAGCUUUCUUCUUCUACUGUGUCUUGGGCUACAUGGGUAUCUUGGCCAUUGCCAGCUUUACUGUGGCUUUCCUUGCCCGUAAAUUACCUGACAGCUUUAACGAAGCCAAGUUCAUCACCUUCAGCAUGUUGGCCUUUUGCAGCGUGUGGAUCUCCUUCUUUCCAGCCUAUCUGAGCACAAAAGGCAAAGCCAUGGUAGCUGUGGAGGUCUUCUCCAUCUUGUCCUCCAGCGCUGCAUUACUGGGAUGCAUAUUCCUCCCAAAAUGCUACAUCAUUGUUUUCCGGCCUGACCUCAACCACAGGGAGCAACUCAUAAAGAGGAAUUAG